AGUUAGUUGUAGGUCUUAAAUCAUCUUAAACAGGUCUUAAUUUUCCUUUGUCCAAGUAUAUACCCAGUCACCAAUAAUCCAUCUUAAAACUAAACAUGUGUUUUUAUUGCGCAGAGAUACAAAUCACAGCUGUUAGACAUGUUUACAGCUAAUUCUCUUAAUUAAAUUAAGCAGAGAACGAAAACUAAAGCAUCACAUCCCUUUACAUGAUCUUCUGUAAUACAAAAACUGUUUGAAGUAACUGGGCCAUUACAAAAAAAAUCCUUAGUGUUUAGCCCUGUUUAAGUCUAAAAUUUCGUUCAUAAUGUUCAUAAAAGGGUCUCAAAAAGUCUUAAAUUUGACAAAGAAAACCCUGGAAUAAUAAUCCACCUCACAUUGGACAAGCUACAACUUUAAAUGUUUUUAAAACCUUCUGAAAUCCCAUCAUCUUUCUUUAGCUUUUGAGGUUUCUGAAUGUUAUGGGCUUUGUUUUUAGUGCUCUAGUUGUUUAUGCAAUGUGUGACUUGUCAUUUUAACUAAUGUCGAUUGUGUUUGGGCCGUUUGUACUAUAAAAAUAAACUACUAACGUCACUACUACUGUAGUUUGCCAUUCGACAGCAUAAAGUGCAUUUCAAUGCUGGCAUGAUUUAUUAACGUUGAGUGCUGUGGGCUCACUGCAAACUGACUGAACAGUCUUUACUUCAGCCGGACAGUUUCAGUUGUUUUCACCUGUUGAGUGUAUAUGACGGGCCAAAUUAAAUUAGAAACGAAGCGUCGAUCUCUUUGUAAAAUAAAAUCUCACAUUCGUUCAUUUGCUGGCUAUAUUUCAUUCAUUUAUUCUUUGCUAUGGCUCUUUUGCUGGACCAGCAGUUUGCGCCGCUGUCUGACACCAAAGAAAUCGCCACAAAGACAUUUCUAGAGUCAGUUUCUCACCUGCCGCCUUUUUUCGAUUGCCUUGGUUCCAAGGUCUUUGCUCCAAUUAAGUCGGACAUUAAUGGAAACAUCACUAAAAUAAAGGCCGUCUAUGACUCUGAUCCGGUGAAGUACGAGACUCUUCAGCAGAUACUGAUCAUUGAGAAAAGCAGCUAUGGCUCAGAGUGGCCUAAAGUUGGAGCCACACUGGCGCUUAUGUGGUUAAAGAGAGGCCUGCGCUUCAUUCAGAUUUUACUGCAGAGUCUUGCCGAUGGAGAGAGAGAUGAGGACAAUCCCAAUCUCAUUCGCGUCAACAUCACCAAAGCUUAUGAUCAAGCACUGAAGAGAUACCACGGCUGGAUAGUCCAGAAAGUUUUCAAGGCUGCAUUAUUUGCUGCACCGUGCCGGUCAGAUUUUCUUAAAGCUUUGUCCAAGGAUCAAGAAGUUGCAGAGGAGGAUUGCUUGGCGAAAGUUCGCCAGUUCUUGAUAAACUUCACCGCAACUGUAGAUGCUAUUUAUGAAAUGUAUUCCACAAUGAAUGCUGAACUGGACUACUUGGUUUGAAACUCUAACAGAUGUCAGUUUAGAUGUAGAGUUAUGUUUGUUUGUACAGUAGCUAUGUUUCCAGCCGCCUAUUUUUAAUGCUCAUUUUUGAAUGUCGUUUUGACAAAAAUGCUUAAUUGAAAUGCCAAAAUGUGCAAUAAAAAUAAACUUUAUCUGAUGAUAAAAAA